AUGCAGAACCAACGCCAAGAAAAACGGGCACGCUAUUCAACUGCACGCCAUGACGACGACGGCGAUCAAGAUGAGUCCACGAGCCCAAUCUACGAUGCACACUUGGAUAGUCAAGGCCCUGAUGGGAUCCAUAUACUCACCAAUUUCAGUCCCUCCGAGUUUACGUUGCUGUGGGCUGAGGUCCGAAAUCAUAUUGCACGUCACUGGAAUGUUGGCUCUGGUCGCAAGUCAGACGUCUCGGCGCGCGACAUGCUUUUCAUUGUCUUGACGUCGCUGAAGCAUUGCGGCACUUGGGACAUCGUUGCGGCUGUGUUUCAACAGACAGUUACGUUCGAAAAGCGGGUCAUGACGUACUUGGAUGUGCUUGAUGCAUUCUUGUACCGGAAGUUCGUCGAAGCGGCCGCCAAAACGUGGACGGUGACUCGUCUUGCGUCUAUGAACCAACGUUUUGUGAACUUUCCUCAUGCAAGGUAUGCUACGGACGUCACGUUCCAGCAGACCAACAUACCCUCUGGAUCGUACGCCGAGAAGCAGCUUUUCUUUAGUGGGAAGCAUCAUUUGUACGGCCACAAAGUCGAGAUGUUCGUGCUCCUGAACGGCUUGGCUAUCGAUUGCUCUUCCUUCGCAAAAGGCAGUGUGUCGGACAAGGCGAUUUUUGACGGCAACGUCGAGUUCCACCGUAUCACCUUGGCCAAAAAGGGUAGCGAGUCAAGCAUGGCGGACGCAGGGCAAGAGGAGAAGGCCAUCGCGCAAUGGGCUGCGCUGGUCGAGAAGGGCUACCAAGGAAUUCAGCACCAAGUUCGCGGCAUCAUUCCAAGCAAGAAGCCGGCACACGGAAGUCUUACCUCUGAGCAGCCACGAAAAUACCGCAUUGCAUCUGACCGUGCAAUCGUCGAAAACUUUUUUGGCCACCUCAAGACACUUUGGGACGUGUGCAGCGACACCUACAGCUGGAAUCGUAAAAAUUACGACAUGCUUGUCCAAACCUGUGUCGCGCUGACGAACGUUCAUGUUCGUUUCCAUCCGCUGCGGUCGGAGGACGGCGAUGUCUAUGCUCAGUACGUAAAUCGCAUGAAUUCGAUUAGAGCGAGAUCGAUGAAGGACGUCACGUUCCAGCAGACCAACAUACCCUGUGGAUCGUACGCCAAGAAGAAGCUAUUCUUUAGUGGGAAGCAUCAUUUGUACGGCCACAAGGUCGAGAUGUCCGUGCUCCCGAACGGCUUGGCUAUCGAUUGCUCUGCCUUCGCAAAGGGCAGUGUGUCGGACAAGGCGAUUUUUGACGGCAACGUCGAGUUCCACCCUAUCAAUUUGGCCAAAAAGGGUAGCGAGUCAAGCAUGGCGGACGCAGGGCAAGAGGAGGACGCCAUCGCGCAUUGGGCUGCGCUGGUCGAUAAGGGCUACCAAGGAAUUCAGCACCAAGUUCGCGGCAUCAUUCCAAGCAAACAGCCGGCACACGGAAGUCUUACCUCUGAGCAGCUCCACGAAAAUGACCGCAUUGCAUCUGACCGUGCAAUCGUCGAAAACCUUUUGGCCGCCUCAAGACACUUUGGGCCGUGUGCAGCGACACCUACCGCUGGAAUCGUAAAAAUUACGACAUGCUUGUCCAAACCUGUGUCGCGCUGA